AGCACGAUGAGUGACGCAUGCAGAGUCCUCCUGUUGGUCGCCGCGGCAGCCGCAGCGGCCACUGGCCUUCCUAUGAUUCCGCCACCACUCGGCGUGGGCUGGCUGCGGUCGCACCAGGCCCAGCUUGUCGGACGGCCUCCGCUGUCGCCUCCACCUCUGCCGCCCCACACCGUGUUCGUCCUCGUACGCGGUUACCCUGCUGCUGUACCACGCCCACAAGCAGCGGGAACUUCUCUGGUGCAGACAGCAAUCACUGCAGGCUCGCAGAAUGCGGUGGCCAAGAAUCGUCAGCCGGAGGAUGCUACGACGGUGCCAACCACAAGAGCUACUACGGUGUUUCCUGCAACUUCCACCGACACGACGACGCGGCAGCAGGGCCUGCUGAGCUUCAUCAACGUGCCGGACAUCCCGUGUCCUGAGGGACAGAGGCGGGACCCCGCGGGCAACUGCCGGGACGCCUGGUAGAGUAGAGAUUUCUGGAACCGAGGACUCCGCCAUCUGUCGGGACACUGCUGGCGAAACGUGACAACUGCAGUCAGCCUGUGCUGUGG